GCAAUCGAUCCGUUCGGGAAUCGGAUGGGAUGAGGCCCAAAGGCAACUGUAAAGUGGGAAGGACUGGCUGGAAGGAAAAAGACUAUAAAAGGCUAUCGAUUCCUUCACUGCAGAGGGUCUUCUUCCCACCAACCACAUCUCAACUUGUGCCGAAAACCAGAAAAAGAAAAAGAAAAAAACUGAUACUUCUAAUAUCAUCAUCAUGCUUGCUCCCUCUCAUCACCUUGCCCUUGUUAUGUCUCUGCUCACCGGAGCUUGGUUGGCUCGUACAACUUUCGCUGCAUUGAACUGUGCUGGUGGCGAAGUAGUUGAUUGGAACGAGUGCACUCGAGCCAUCGCAACUAUCGUCUAUGAUAAGCCAAAGAACACUCUCGAUAGAGUCUCGAGCAGGUUUGCGAAGCUCUCGGGCAAUUGUACCAUACUUGUCAACAAUCCCGAUAGGGAGGUAGUAACCAAGCAACAAAUCGAGGCUGGUUUCAAGAGUAUCUUGGACGCAUGCAAACCCAAUACGGGUUCAAUCAGCUUAUCCGAUUCAGUUUAUGUUGAAAGCCAAAACCAUCAAUCACUGCAUGAUACCGAUUACCUCGCUCCUACCACUUUGGCCUGUGGUCUCAACAGCAACGCACCAUUAACUGUGGACAAAGAUUGUCAAGAUGCGUUCGACAGUAUUUCCGUCGAUCGGUGGGGUCGGUUGUUGGGUGAUAAGGGUAAACCGGCACCUUCCGUAUUGAAGACAUUGAAAACCUGCACGGUACUCAUCUAUACAACUGAUGCCUCCCAACUCAUCGCGAAAAAGGCCGAGAUUGGCGUAGUAGUUUCGAAGACAAUCAAACAAUGCAAAGGCCAGUCGGGAGUCAUAGGAUUAACGAAGGGAGGAAGCGGCAAUAAUGGUCUGACGGUGGUCAAAGUAAGAAGCAGCAAGCGAUGCGGUAGUCGAGUUGAUUCCGAAGGACAAUAUUGUGCCCCCUAAUUUAUCAUCACUUAUUCAAACAGUCUUCAGAAUCAUCCUCUGAAUGAUCGAUUCUUCACAGUUGAAAGGGGCCUCUCAGCUGUAGUAUACUGAAAGCUUCUGGCAUCACUUCCACUUUCUUCUUCCAAAAACUCCAUGGCAUUUAAAAUGUUGUAAAACAAAUUUAUGUAUGAAUGGAGCUGAUCAUGUACUCCUUGUUGAAAAGCUUUUUUCUCUCUCUG